AGUGAGUAGGCUGGUUUCGUGUGGGCUGUGGAGAUGCAUUUAUAAUGCCCACUGUUUUUUUGUAGUCUUGCCAAUCCGUGUAAAAACUCUUGCCCCGGUCAUAUAGUCUACGUUAUAAAAGUCUAGUUAUUGUUAUUUGUCAGUCAAAUCACGACACGUGGAUUUGACUGUGCGCCCCUGUCACCAUUUAUUUUCAAUAGGUCUCCCGCUCAUUUGUAACGACAGGAGCUGAAAUUCCAAUCGAUCCCGGGCUUAUUUUUAUCACCAAGGCCACCCCCACCCACUUCGACAGAGAGAGGAGACGGGGAGGGUUUUUUUCUGAGCCAAAUACUGAAGUGGGCAGCACGUGCUGUUCAUAAUACAGUCAAGCAACAUCUCCCUCCGGCGUUUUUUUUUUCUUCUUUUGUUUUUCUUUUGAGUAGCACCAACAUAUUCCGUGUAACUUUGAUAGCCUACCUGCCGGUUGAUUCGUGCAUUAGCUUACAACAAGAGGAUCCCCCCUCUCAAGCUCGUGCACCAGGACGUCCGGUGGCUGGCGGUGUGGUCGGUUAGUGUGCAGGCAGGGCAGGAUAGGCUCCAGGCUGACGGUGUGUGUUGUACAGUAGAUAGAAGCUGCUGCAGGAGAGAUUACUAUUUGGUACAAAGUCACAAUGAGUGCACACGGUGAAGAAGCCGGGGAGAGUUCAGGAACCGGGACCCAGGAGCCGGAGCCGGAGCCGGCGGCGGCUGCAGAGGCUCCGGCCAAGCGCAAACCGGGCAGACCGAGGAAGCCUGUUAAGGAACCUACUGGAGAGCCCGCCCCUAAACGACCAAGGGGCCGUCCCAGAGGCAGCAAGAACAAAUGCCCGUCCAAGGCAGCCGCCAGGAAAGCCCUGGCCUCUGGAGAGAAGAGACCCAGAGGCAGACCCAGGAAAUGGCCACAGCAGGUGGUCCAAAAGCCCGCUCAGGAAGAAGAAGAAGAGGAGGAGGAGGAGGAGGAGGAGUCUGGAGAGGAGGAUUAAAGAACAACAUCAUUUGACCUCUACCCCCCCAUGUCGCAGUUUCUUCCUCCUGAGGAAACCACCGCCUUCACCACUUACUAAAGGACGUUGACCUCUGACCUCUGCCCUCUGUCCACUUCCAUAUCACACUGUUUUCAUUUGACACUUUUUAUUUGGGUUUAUUUCUUUUGUUUUUGUUUGUUUCGAUUCUGGGAUGAAACACACAUUCAUCCUCAGAGCCGCCAAAACAACACUAAAUACGACAACAAGGAGCCGCUUUACAACAACAACAGCAAUGUUUUUAAACGUCUGUACGUACUGAAGGUGCUGGGGUUAGACGCACAAGAUGUGCCUCUGCAGUUUCUCCUUCCCUCCUCCUCGUUCGCUGUUGACUGAUUCUCCAGGCUUUUCUUUCUUUCUUUCUUUCUUUGAGGGAGAGAUAGAAAACUGAAACAGUCUGUUAUUGUCGUUGAGAAAUUGCGACCACAUGGCUGCUGUUUCAGUACAACAGAGGUCUACAACACAUAUAUACACAGCCCACUCCGGAGUCCCGUGUCUGACCACCAAAGACAGGGAGACAAGAGAACUCUCUCUUCAAGUCAGGAUGUUUUAAUCUGUCGUGUUUUAAUCUUUCAUGAAAUUACUUCUUUUUUUUAUAACAAAUUGGCUUCUUUAACUUGCUAAAGAUCACACAUUUCUCAUUGAUGAAUUCCUCAGUUGAGGUUGUUGAUUAUUAGCAGUUAUAUUUCAGCAUAUGUAUUUUACUGGCUGUAGUCUCUUUAACCAACAACCUUUUUCAAGUGCUUUUGCUUUAGCAUUUUACAUUGUGAUAAUGAUCAUUUUACAUUGUCAGAAUGAUCAUUUUAUAUUGUGAUAAUUAUCAUUUUACAUUGUGAUAAUGAUCAUUUUACAUUGUCAGAAUGAUCAUUUUACAUUGUCAGAAUGAUCAUUUUAUAUUGUGAUAAUUAUCAUUUUACAUUGUGAUAAUGAUCAUUUUACAUUGUGAUAAUGAUCAUUUUACAUUGUCAGAAUGAUCAUUUUAUAUUGUGAUAAUUAUCAUUUUAUAUUGUGAUAAUGAUCAUUUUACAUUGUGAUAAUGAUCAUUUUACAUUGUGAUAAUGAUCAUUUUACAUUGUGAUAAUGAUAAUUUUACAUUGUGAUAAUGAUAAUUUUAUAUUGUGAUAAUGAUCAUUUUAUAUUGUGAUAAUGAUCAUUUUAUAUUGUGAUAAUUAUCAUUUUAUAUUGUGAUAAUUAUCACCACACAACAAAGAGAAGAACUCAGCUUUAAUGUUUAUUAUGGUGAAGUUCAUACGAUGGAAGAAUCUUAUUGGAGAUAAUAUUAUAUAACUUUAUUAUUUUCUCUAUUCUUUGAUCAAAUAGGAAACGAUCAGUUGAUUAGUCACAGUUCUCAUCAUCAACAUAUUGAUUAUCCAGUUCAUUUUAAAAGUAUACAUUUAGCAGAGCGCUUUAACAUUGUAAUGCUUAAAUGCCAAACUGGCUGUACUGUGGCUGUUUUUUAGUUAGACAACUGCUUUAUUUAAUCCAACAUUUACACGAGGUCUGCAGCAGUCUCCCUGUCUUUGGUGGACUAACUUCAUAUUUGUGGAUUGAGAGAUGAUUUUAAUAUAUGGUCUUAGCUCUAAAUCCAUGAUUAAUCCCUUUAAACCUACCGCAGACUAACUGUAUAUCACUUCUUAUCAAAGUAAUCUGAUUAACCUGCUCACAUACAUACAUACAUACAUACAUACAUACAUACAUACAUACAUACAUACAUACAUACAUACAUACUUCCA